GUGCCUAGCGGGGCGGCGCUGAGUGAACGGCGGUCAUUCCUCGGGCCGGUCCCGUCCCCCGAGCCCUAUAUCAGGGUGGCCCCUUUUGGGGGUUUGGGCUCCCUUCCCUGCUGCCCUCUGGAGAGGCCGCCGCGUCAGCGACCCCUAACUCUCCCCACUCGGGCCGGAGGAAGUUGGUGGCGAAAACGAAAGCGAAUCCAGCGUGCGGGCGCGGGCGGGGCGCGCGUUCCCGGAAGGCGGGUGUGCGAGACGCGCCCUGGGGUCCGCGGCGGGCCAGGGCUGCGCGCCCCUUCCUCAGAGGAGGAAGUGUUGGUGUGGGCUCGAGUCCCGGAUCAGGGCCGCGACCUGGUCUGGGGCGACCAUCUCGAUGGGACUGCGAACAGAGGCUGUGGUUGUUACUUGUGCUGUGUUGGUAGCGAUGCAGGGUGUUAUUGCAGAAUCAUUAAGAGUAGCGCGUGCUCUUGCCAUAACAGGGUUCCUUAGGUGUCUUUGGCUGGGACUGCUCACCUACCCUUGGAAAGGGCCUGUCGCACAGGGAGCCUCAACAGGCUGCAAAGACGUCAGCAUUUCUCUUUAUCUUAGACGUGAGCUGGCAGAUGGGAAAGGAGCGGUCAACAGCCACAGCAACAAGAGAGCGAGUGUGAGAACCCUAGAAGGAAUCUUCUGUCGUCGUGGCUUUGGGUUUUGUGAAGUGCUCCAAAAUCUCGUCAGCGUUCGGAAAAGUACACGCUGCAUCAUCCUCUCCUAAGCAUUUGACAGAAUCACAAGGCUCCGGGGUCUCUUGAUUUCUUUGGCUCUUCUGUGUUCAGAGCUCUUGUUUAUAUUGGGCAGAGCACGGGGCUAUUAUAAUCAAAGAACGCUGGAGCAAGCCUUGGGUCUUAAAAAAAAAAAAAAAAUUUUUUUUUUUGGUCUUUAGAUCACUAUUAAUUCUUCCUAAUUUACUCCUGAAGUCACCAAGGCAAGGAGUGAACUUUGAAAUACUGAGUAACUUAGUACUCAGUGGACUUUUUGUAACCAGCGUAGAGGUGCGUGAGUCGGAGAGACUUGUGGUUGGUUUAAAAAUGUGGAAGACUGUGGCUCUUCUAUACAAAAAAGGGAGGAUUCGGCUUGCCUAGAAUGAGAUUUGGAGUGUAUCGUCAUUAUUCUUCCUGAAAACAACAGCAGUAAUGAUUAAUUUUUUUUCUUCUUCUUUCUGAAACUAUGUUGAGCCCCAGGAUCUGUUGUACUUCCAGGAAUUUGAAUGUUAAUGAGUAUUGAGUAAAAUUGGCAAACUAUCAACUUCCAAACUAGGUGAGCUACUAUUUUGGGUUUAUUAAUCCAUGACAUGUUAACACUGCUGAUAUAAUCUGGGAAUUUGAAAAACAAAUCUAGCUUCCCAUGCUUUGGUUGGAUAUUUUAUUCUGGCAAAAGUGAUUGACUAUGUAUAUUAACCUGAGUGGUUAAUGAGCUUGGCUUCUAACCAAAAGGUUGAAGGUCCACCCCGAGUUGCCCGGAAGAAAGGUCUGAUCUUCUUGUGAAAAAUCAGCAAUUGAAAACACGGUCCUACUCUGACAUACAUGGGGUCACCAUGAGUCAGAGUCAGCUUCGUGGCAACUGUUAUUUUAACUUGUAUAAUGCUGAGUUUUGAGCUAUGUAUUUUCAUGUUUUUAGAAUUUAGCCUGUGCAUUCCCUGUGUUUCUGACUAUAGCAGACUCAUACAGGUGAGCAAGGCUGUCAGGUUGGGUCUCUGCAUCUGGAUUUUUCCAAAGACAAGUCACUGUUUGCGAUCCAGAGAAACUAGAGAAUGGAUGAUGGAAAUUGGAGUGAAGGGACAAAGGUUUGAUUCCUGAUUGGCCAUUCUGGGUGAAUCAUUUAACUUAGUUUUUUCAUUUGUAAAUUAAGAAUGAUGGUAAAGAACUUAUUUCACUGGGUCAUAAUGGGAUAAUUGAUAUAAAGUUUUCAAUCCUACUGUCUCUUACUGAUCAUUUGGCUCUUCCUUAGAAUUCCUGUUUGUCUUGGGUUAAGCAUGAGAAGAUUAAAAUAAAGAAACCUUAAAGAGAAGCCUUUUGGUUGUGUUGGAUACCUGAGUAAAAUCAGCUUCUGUUAAUAAGAAGAGGGGGCGCAAUGGCAGAUAGACUUUUUCUUUGAAAACAAUUCUGAAUGGUGAAAAAAGUUCUGAAUGGUGACACAGUGGUUAAAGCACUCAGCUGUUAAUCGAAAGGGAAGAAGUACAGGCGCUAUGAAAAUAUCUAAUGGGAGUCUCAAGGAUGACUUCCUCAAGGAAAUGACAUUUUGCUGAGACCUGAAGGAUGAGGAACAUUUAGCCAGGGCACUGCUCUGAGGGGGGGAAAGUGCUAUAGUUUUGGGUAUUCUUAGCAUUCAGAAGGCAACCAGACAUGUCCUUGGAUGACAUUAAGAUGAAAUCUACUGACUUCCUGCAAACGACGCACCUGGACAGUGGGGGCUUCGGAAAGGUGUCUCUAUGCCAUCACAGAAUCCAUGGACUUGUGAUACUGAAAAAUGUGUACACCGGGCCCAAGUGCACUGAAUACAAUGAGUCCCUUCUUGAGGAGGGGAAGAUGAUGCACAGACUGAACCAUAAUCGGGUGGUGAAGCUUUUGGGCGUCAUCAUUGAGGAUGGCAACUACUCUCUCGUGAUGGAGUACAUGGAGAAGGGAAACCUGAUGCAAGUGCUGAAAGGGGAGGUCAGCAUCCCCCUUUCUGUAAAAGGAAGGAUAAUUUUGGAGACCAUUGAAGGAAUGUGCUACUUACAUGGAGAAGGUCUGAUACACAAGGACCUGAAACCUGAAAAUAUCCUCGUUGACGACGACUUUCACAUUAAGAUAGCGGAUCUUGGUGUUGCUUCCUUUAAGACGUGGAGUAAGCUGACUAAAGAGGAACAUAAUGAGCAGAGGAAGGUGAAUUGUACCUCCAAGAGAAAUGGUGGCACCCUCUACUACAUGGCCCCUGAGCAUCUGAAUGAUGUCAACGCAAAGCCCACAGAAAAAUCAGAUGUAUACAGCUUUGCCAUAGUACUUUGGGCAAUUUUUGCUAAUAAGGAGCCAUAUGAAAAUGCCAUCUGUGAGCAGCAGUUGAUAUUAUGCAUUAAAUCUGGGAACAGGCCAAAUGUGGAAGACAUCAUUGAGCACUGCCCAGAGGAGAUUAUUAGCCUCAUGAAGCACUGCUGGGAGGCAAGCCCGGAAGUUCGGCCAACAUUUGCUGGCAUUGAAGAAAAUUAUAAGCCAUUUUAUUUAAAACAAUUAGAAAAAAAUGUGGAAGAGGAUGUGAAAAGUUUAAAGGAUGAGUAUCUGGACCAAAAUGUAAUCAUCAAGAAGAUGCAGUCUCUCCAAACGGAUUGUGUAGCAGUACCUCCAAGCAGGUCAAACUCGGCCACAGAGCAGCCCAGUUCAUUGCACAGUUCACAGGGGCUCAGAAUGGGUCCUGUAGAAGAGUCCUGGUUUGGUCCCUCCUCAGAGCACCAGCAAGAGGAGAAUCAGCCAAGCCUGCAGAGUAAGCUCCAGGACGAAGCCAACUACCAUCUUUUUGGCAGCCGUAUGGACAGGAAGGAAAAAUGGCAACCCAGACAGAAUGUGGCUUAUAACAGAGAGGAGGAAAGGAAACGAAGGGUCUCCCAUGACCCCUUUGCACAGCAGAGACCUUAUGAGAAUACUCAGAACCCAGGAGUAAAAGGCAUUGCUUAUCCCAGUGCAACCAGUCACGUUGAUGUAUUUCAACAACUACCAGGGCUAACCAGCCAACCCCAACUACCAUACUGGAACAGUGGGUUAUAUAGCAGCAGUCCACAUGGUUCGGGAGCAAGAACCCUGGAUCCAGGAAUAGCAGGUCCAAGACCUUGGUAUGGGCCAAAUCCUAGUCAUAUGCCUAACCUGCAUAAAACUCCGGUGCCUGAGACCAACCUACUGGGAAACACACCAACCAUUCCAUUCAGCUUCCCAUCAAUAGAUGAGUCUUUCAGAUACAGCAUUUACAAUAGCACUGGCAUUCAGAUUGGAAACUACAAUUACAUGGAGGUUGGCAGGAUGAGUGUACCACCACUGGACAGCACAAACACGAACCUCAAAGAAGAGCCAGCGUGGAAGUACCAAGAGAUCUUUGAUAAUAUCACCAGUCUGACUGAUAAACACCUGGACCCAGUAAGGGAAAAUCUGGGAAGGCACUGGAAAAAAUGUGCACGUAAGCUGGGCUUCACUGAACCCCAGAUUGAUGAAAUUGACCAUGACUAUGAACGAGAUGGACUAAAAGAGAAGGUUUACCAGAUGCUCCAAAAGUGGCUGAUGAGGGAAGGCAGUAAAGGGGCCACAGUGGGAAAGCUGGCAUAUGCACUCUACCAGUGUUCACGAACAGAUCUUCUGAACUAUUUGAUACGUGUCAGCCAGAACUAACCCUAAGGGGGUUUGACAGCAUAAAGUCAAGCUCCUCACUUGGUGUGAUGGUUAAGGUUAUGUGUCAACCUGGCUAAGCCACGAUUCUCUGUGGUUUGGCAGAUACUAUGUAAUCAUUCUCCAUUUUGUGACCUGAUGUGAGCAGCCCAUCAGUUGUAAUGGGAGUUUCUUGGGCGUGUGGCCUGCAUCCAAUUUGUCAUCCUCUGACCUCCAGUUCUUGGGAAGUGAGCAAGCAGCCUGCUGCCUGACCUUCAGAUUUUAGGAUUCACCAGCUCCCCGAGCCCCACGAGUCAGAAGAAGCCUCCAGCCUGAUGCCUGACCCACGAAUUUGGGACUUGCCAGCCUCCAUAACUGUGUGAGCCAUUUCCUCGAAAUACAUAUAUGCUAUAUGUAUAUAUAUGCUUCACUUGAUUUUGCUCCUUUAGAAUACCCAACCUAAGACACUUGGUGAAUAACCCAGUGGAAAGUAUGCUGCCUCAGAGAGUUCUGAAUUCCUUCCUCACUGACAUGGGUUCUAGGUCUGUAAAAAUUCAUUUCCUGCAUUUCAUACCUGGAGAAUUGGAAAAGAAAUCUGUAGCAAACAACCUACCUUCAGGAAAAUGUAAGCGGGAAGACCAAUUAAUGCUGUAAGACCAAUCACAAAAGGAGCCUUAUUGGAAUUUGAAAUGGAGAGAACAGAUAAUUGAGGAAGAUCAUUUUCCUUUAGUUUAUGCCAUAACCUUCAAUUAUGUGAUUCAUUCCAUUCCCUGGAGUUUGGUUUGAGCAAGAAAAAAAUUCAGAGAAUAUAAAAUAAAUCAACUUUCUUAUUUUCUGUUCUCCACGUAGGCUCUUGCCAUAACCAAAGUACAGUGAAAUUCUAUGUUCUCUCCAAGUAGGUUUUUUGUAUCAGAACCAGUUUAUCUUAAAAACAUAGUUAACUUCAGUAUCAAGUAAAUCCAGUAUCUGUGACUACAAGCUUCAAGAAUUAUAUGCAAAUCACUCCUUAAAUUAAGGGGAUUUUAAGGAGUAGGAAGGAGGAAAAAAAAGGGGGGCAAAAGAAAAAAAAAAAAGGCAUCAGAAUGUCCGCAGAUAAUUGUGAGGAACCACUACUCACUGUAACUACUACAAAAACUCUUGAUUCGUUUUUUAAGUUCUUCCCUAGCAUUCUGGUACUUUGUGCAGCUUCCCAGCCUGUGUGCCCUGAAGAGGGGACAGGUGUGCAGGGAAUACUGGCCUCUUAGCUCCAGGGUAGGACUAGAGCCUCAUGCUGGUCACUGUGGAGCAGCCUCCUCAGUUGACCCCAGUGUACUGGAGAAAGAUUUUCACUUUCCCUGUGUGCCCUGACGUAAAAGAGGACAGUUUCAGAGCCUGGAAAUUGUGCUUCUGGCACGCAGCCUUUCAAAACCCACAUGAAGUCUUGGAGGGAAUGGAGGCACUAGAACACAGAAUCCGACCGGCCUUCCGGCCUCACUGCUGGCACUUGGUUAAACAAGAGUGGUGUGCAGUCAUGCUAAGCCCUGCCGUCUGUCAGAAAGGAUCCGGUGUGCCAUGGGUUGAUAACAGUGUUGUUAGUGCUUCUGAUUCUGCAGCCCCUCCAGCUCAGCAGACAAGUGCACACACACCUCUUCGGUGUGGCUGUAGAGCAGGGCUGCUGAGCCUCAGCACUACUGACAUUUGGGGCUAGAUGAUUCUGAGGGGGGAGGGGGGAGGGGGAAGUCCUGUGCACUGUAGGACUUUUAGAAGCAUUCCUGGUCUCUACCCACCAGGUGCCAGUAGGCCUCCCAUCCCCCUUCCCCCUUGGGAUAAAAAUGUCUCAAAAAAAAAAACAUACCUGAUGCCAUCGAGUCGACUCUGACACAUAGUGACUGCAACCUUAUAGGACAGAGUAGAACUGCCCCAUAGGGUUUCCAAGGAGUGGCUGGUGGAUUCGAACUGCCAACCUUUUGAUUAGCAGCCGAGCACUUAACCACUGUACCACCAGGGCUCCAAAAAUGUUUCUGCAAAUAUGCAGAAUGUUCCCUGGGAGGGCACAGUCGCUCAGGUUGAGAACACUGCUGUGAAGCCUUGUUUCUCUUGUCCACACAAGACCUUGGGGGAAGGUGCAGUGAUUAAGAGCUGAGCUGCUACCUGAACCCACCAGCCACUCUGUGGAGAAAAGACCUGGUGAUCUGCCCCUAUGAAGAUUUCAGCCUCGAAAACCCUGCGGGGCAGUUCUGUUCUGUUCUAUAUGUGGCUUUAAGUCGGAAUCGACUCAACACACAAAACCCAGUCUCACUUCUUAGCAGCCAUACAUUAUUAGAUCAUGUUUGCCAAAAGGAAAACUGAAGGGGGAAGGGUCUCAGGCUUUGCUGCAAGGGCCUGGAUUGUUUCCCUAAAUGUAUCCUUGGUACCUCCAUCCUACUGGUUUUCUAAAUUCUCUAAAUUCCAAAGAGGUUGAAAGAUGAAUGUUAAGUAGCAAAAAUGAAAGGAUUUUUAAUGGACUUUUUAAAAUAAAAUGUUAUUCCUCAAACAUGCUGUUAGGUGCUGUCAGGUUGGUUCCGACUCAUAGUGGCCCUGUGUACAACAGAGUGAAACACUGCCCAGUCCUGCACUGUCCUCAAAAUCAUGGCUAUGUUUGAGCCCACUGUUACAGCCACUAUGUCAGUUCAUCUUGUUGGGGGUCACUGAAACGUGUAUGUUUGUAUAAAUGAAAUAGUUUGGGAUUCUCCUCCGGUGACUCUACUGCUUACGCUGGCAUUUCCUGUACAAAAUCCCCUUUCACCCCACUGCUACUGUGAGAAGAGUGGAAGCUGACGGAGAAGAGAGAAGCUCCCAGACAGGCGCAUUUUGGCCCUCAGGAUGACCACUUGCUGCCCAAGAGGCUCUAGCACUGCUGUUCUUCAGACAUGGCUCAGAUAUCUUUCCUCCCCCUACUCUCUGAACACUGGCUAAAGAAAGCCAGAUCUGUCUCCAAGGACUUUGAAUAUGUGGCCCAAGCACCACAAAAAAAAAAAACUAUUUUUGGGCAGAAACCAA